AUGUUCUCCUGUAUUUUUAUCUCUUCACUAUUUCUGAUGGUCAAGUUUGUCUCUACCUCUAUUUAUGUUAAUAUCAGUAAAUGCUUUUAUGUAAUUACUGAAGAUUUUCACCGUGAAGGAGAUGUGGUGAUUGGUGCAUUUUUUCCUCUUCAUACAUACUAUACAAAGAACAAAAUUCCACAUUCAUAUCUACCAUAUUAUUAUGAGGACAAUUACCUCCAGUAUAAUUUUAAGAACUAUCAAUAUAUUUUGGCUUUGGUAUUUGCUAUUGAGGAGAUCAAUGGGAACUCCAAUAUUUUACCUAAUAUAUCUCUUGGAUUUGAUUUCUACAAUGUCAAAUUCACUGAGAAGGACACUCUUAUGAAUGCCUGUUUUUGGCUCACAGCUCAAGGUCGCAAAAAGAUUUUACCCAAUUACAAUUGUGACAAAAGAAAUUUAACUGCUGCCCUGACAGGAACAUCAUGGACAACAUCUGCCCAAAUUGGAACUUUACUUCAACUUUUUAAAUUUCCUCAGCUUUCUUUUGGACCUUUUGAUCCCAUCUUGAGUGACCGUGGUCAGUUCUCUUCCCUGUACCAGAUGGCCUCCAAGUAUACAUCUCUUUCACUUGGCAUUGUGUCUUUGAUGGUUCAUUUUAGGUGGUCCUGGGUUGGUCUCAUCCUCCCAGAUGACCACAAAGGGAAUAUAAUUUUACCAGAACUCAGAGAAGAUAUGGAGAGGAAAGGAGUUUGCAUAGCUUUUGUGAAAAUGGUCCCAGUCACAUGGUCUUCAAAUUUUAACAAAUUCUGGGAAAAUAUGGAUGAGACAAAUGUCAUAAUUAUUUAUGGUGACAUCGAUUCUCUCACAGGUCUAAUGCGAAAUAUUGGGCAAAGAUUGUUGACAGGGAAAGUCUGGGUAAUGAACACUGAACCUCAUAUUACUGAUUAUGCUGAUUAUUUCAUGCUUGACUCAUUCCAUGGCAGCAUAAUUUUUACACACAAUUAUAGAAAGAAUAUUGAACUUAUUAAGUUUAUUCAAACAGUUAAUCCUUACAAAUACCCAGAAGACAUUUACCUUCCUAAGUUAUGGCAUUUGUUCUUUUUGUGCCCAUUUUCUGAUAUUGAUUGUCAACUAUUGGCUAACUGUCAAUUGAAUGCUUCUCUGGAUGUGUUACCUAGUCAUAUAUUGGACAUGGCAAUCAGUGAAGAAAGUACCAAUAUCUACAACGCCGUGUAUGCUGUGGCCCACAGUCUCCAUCAGAUGAGUCUUCAACAAGUACAAAUACAACCACAAGAAAAUGGGGAUGAAAUGGCCUUCAUCCCGUGGCAGCUUAACAUUUUCCUGAAAGACCUUCAUGAGAGAGACAACGUGAGCUUAGGUGGGAGACAGAAUGUAAAUGCAGAGUAUGAUAUUCUUAACCUUUGGAAUUUACCAAAGGGUCUUGGAAAAAAGGUGAAAAUAGGAUCUUUUUCAUCAAAUGCUCCUGAGGACCAACAGUUGUCCUUAUCUGACCAAAUGAUACAAUGGGCAGAAGGAUUUUCAGAGAUGCCUCAGUCUGUGUGCAGUGAGAGUUGUGUGCCUGGCUUCAGAAAAGUAACCCUGGAAGGCAAGGCCAUCUGCUGCUACAAUUGUACUCCAUGUGCGGACAGUGAGAUUUCUAAUGAGACAGAUGUGAAUCAGUGUAUGAAGUGUCCACAGAGUCAUUAUGCAAAUUCAGAGAAGAACCACUGCUUCCAGAAAACUGUGAGCUUUCUUUCCUAUGAAGACCCCUUGGGAAUGACACUUGCCAGUAUAGCUCUGUGCUUAUCUGCACUCACAGCCUUUGUAAUUGGGGUCUUUGUGAAACACAGAGACACUCCCAUAGUAAAAGCUAAUAAUCAAGGUCUCAGUUACACUUUGCUUAUCACAAUCAUGUUCUGUUUACUCUGUUCUUUGAACUUCAUUGGUCAACCAAAUGCAGCCAGCUGCAUCCUUCAGCAGACCACCUUUGCAGUUGCAUUUGCUGUGGCUCUAGCUACUGUGUUGGCCAAAGCUAUUACUGUAGUCAUUGCCUUCAAAGCCACCUUUCCAGGAAGAAAGGUGAGGUGGUUAAUGACAUCAAGGGCUCCAAACUAUAUAAUUCCUAUCUGCACACUAAUCCAACUUCUUCUUUGCGGCAUAUGGAUGACAACCUCUCCCCCAUUCAUUGACCAAGAUGUUCAUGCUGAACAUGAACACAUCCUACUUUUAUGUAACAAGGGCUCAUCUGUUGCCUUCCACUGUGUUCUGGGAUACCUCUGCUCCUUGGCACUUGGGGGUUACACAAUGGCCUUCUUAUCUAGAAAUCUGCCUGAUGCAUUCAAUGAAUCCAAAUUUUUGUCAUUCAGCAUGCUUGUGUUCUUCUGUGUCUGGGUCACCUUUCUUCCUGUCUACCACAGCACUAAGGGGAAGGUCAUGGUGGCUAUGGAAGUGUUCUCUAUCUUGGCUUCCAGUUCAGCUCUUCUUGGCUUCAUAUUUGCUCCUAAGUGUUACAUUAUCUUGUUGAGACCAGACAAGAAUUCAUGUCAUCAUAUCAGGGACAAAACCCAUUCUAGAAAGAAUAAGUCUCUUAAAAGAUAA